CAGGUCUGCAGUGUAUCCCGAGUCAUGAUCAGUGACUACGAGCAGAGCUUUCUCGCGGCGAACCAGCAACCGCUGCUUGUCCUCCUCUACCAUAUUCUGUGGGCGAGAAAGGCGGGUAGACCGACAAGACUUCGAAAAUGACUAUCCUCGGCCUCGCACCGUCGCUGUACCCCAAGGCGCCCGCGCACUUCGACAUCGAGAAGGUCAUCCGGCCGAACAUCCUCUCACUGCACCCAUACCGUUGUGCGCGAGACGACUACUCGGAGGGUAUCCUCCUGGACGCGAACGAGAACGCUCUUGGACACUCCAUCCCCCGCCCGAACGGCGAUGCGCGCCCAGACACCUCCGAACUAGAUCCCGAGCUGCAGUCGACCCUCUCGCUUGACCUGCACCGUUAUCCGUCGCCGCGGAAUGACCCCAUCCGGGAACGUCUUGCGUCCAUGCGAGGGCUGCCAGGCCCUGAGUACGUCUUCCUGGGCGUAGGCUCGGACGAGGUCAUCGACCUGCUCAUGCGGGUGUGCGUUGCCCCCGGGCGAGAGAAGAUCCUCACUACACCGCCGACAUACGGCAUGUACGCCGUCUGCGCGCAAGUGAACGAUGUUGGUACCGUGAAGGUGCCUCUUGAGCUUAGCGGAGAGUUUGGCGAGGGUGGGGAGCGUGGCCGGUUCUCGGUCAAUGUCGAGGAGAUCAAGAAAGCGGUCGACGCGGAUCCAUCCAUCAAGCUCAUCAUGUUGUGCUCACCUGGAAACCCGACUGGCACGUUGAUCUCUCUCACCGCGCUGCAGGAGCUGCUGGACUACGACAAGUUCAAGGGCAUCGUCGUCGUAGACGAAGCCUACAUCGACUUCGCUGGAGAGGGCAGCGCAGUGCCGCUGCUGCACGACUACGCCAAUCUUUGCGUCAUGCAAACGCUCAGCAAGAGCUUCGGGCUCGCCGCUAUUCGAUUGGGCAUGGCCUUCGCCCACCCUGCGCUUGUGCAAAUUCUCAUGAACACGAAGGCGCCGUACAAUAUCUCGGCUCCCACUGCGUCCCUGGCGCUUUCUGCGCUGUCGCCGCCCGCCGUCUCGGCGAUGAGCGCGAAGGUCGCGAGUCUUGUGGCGCAACGCGCGGUUCUGCUCAAGGGCCUUGCCGAGCUCGCGCCCCUGGGCUUGGGCCCCGCGAUUGGAGGCAAUCACGCGAACUUCGUCGUGGUCCCUGUAUUGGAGAAGAGCGGGUCGAGCCAGCCGGAUAACGCGCGUGCACAGCUGAUAUACAAGACGCUCGCAGAGUCCGAGGGUGUCGUCGUCCGAUACCGGGGCAGUGAGCCAGGGUGUGCGGGGUGCCUUCGCGUCACUGUGGGGAGCGAGGAGGAAAACGCAGUGGUACUGCGCAAGCUCCGGGAGAUGCUGGAGAAGAUGUGAAGACGCUGAAUUUGUGUGUCAAGGAAUUCGAUGAGCACAUGCUCGUGGCGACCACAGAAUCGCCCGAAUCGGUUAUUCAUCAAUAUGGGCGUCAGGCGCCCAGCAGGGCUGUGAAAGAUUUGCCGUACUUCAUCGGAAAGAACGACAGAACCGAGUAGCGAACUAGUGCAGGAAGCUUACUCGACGUGGAGCAUAUGAUAAUUGCCGUUCGUCAAGUUGUAUGUGUGGACGAGCAUGAGGGCGCAAAUUGAUGCAGUGUGAACUUUGUUCGAGAUUCGAA